GAAACGCCUGGUACCAAGAAAUAACCUUAAAUAUCCAAAAUAAAUUUCUUCACCCACUUCUUUCCUGCCUUAUUUCUAUGCUUAUGUCUGCUCAAGCGACUACACGCUCCACCGAAGAAUCCACCCCAAUUUCACGACCAUCCUUUGAGAGAACAAGAAAUAACAAUAGUAAUAGUAGCAGAAGCAAUAGAAACAAAGACCUUCGUGAUAAUAACUUGCCUACUGUCCGACUUUCAAAAGCUCUGGCUUGGCUGCUGCGGCACAACGCUGAGGCGCAAGGUGUGGCGAUCCGUCCUGAUGGAUAUGUCAAGAUUGAGGAUGUGCUCAAGCAUCCCAAGUUCAAGGGCUAUACAUUUGACGACAUUGUCGAGGUCGUGAAUACGAACGACAAGAAGCGAUUUCAGAUCCUUGAGGACUAUGAAGAAAACAAGAAAUAUAUCCGUGCUGUCCAAGGGCAUAGCAUUCCAAAGGUAGCAGAGCUCGACCACGAAGAAAUUACAGAUGCAUCUCAGCUCCCUGUUGCUGUCCACGGAACGUCGUCCUCCAAGUGGGAAUUGAUCAAGUCAAAGGGGCUAUCUCGAAUGAAUAGAAACCAUAUCCAUCUAGCAGUUGGACUUCCCGGCGAGGAUGGUGUGAUCAGUGGUAUGCGCCAAGGAUCUGAUCUGUACAUUUACAUCGAUAUUACCAAGGCCCUCCGAGAUGGAAUUAAGUUUUAUAGGACCGCAAAUAACGUGAUCCUCUCUGACGGCCAAGAUGGCAAUGGGGUUAUUAUGCCCCAAUACUUUGCUCGUGUAGUCAAAUCCUCAGGCGAAGUCAUUUACCCUGAUCCUUCAAAAGAAAAUACUACUUUACAUCCAUAAUUGCAACAUCUGUAGCGCAGUAGCUCUUAACAUAGUGAAUUAAAAAAAAAAGUGUUCGUCCACAUUGUAUCACAAUCCGCACACGUGUGGCCACAGUUACUUUGUGUUGUGUGCAUAAUGAAAGGAGUCGAAUGUCAAUUAUCAUUUGGUUUUUCUUCACUUGCUCCGCCCAUAAACUUGCACAUUUGAACGGAAGACACCAACAAAGCACCAUAAUACGGAGCGAACUACCAUGGAAGGGACUGCAAUCAACUUGGCCCAUCGUUAUGCGAGCGCAGCCGAAGGGU